UGUACUAGUCGCUGCGGCUGCCCUCUGGUACUGCUGCCCUAUGGUACUGCUGCCUUCGCACUUACGUGUGUACUGUAUUGGAGAGCCGACGGUGUCCUGUACAUCAGCAUUACACUUGUUAUAUCCUGACACCGGGCACCGGGCUGUCUGCUAACCACAGCAUCUCUGUCUAUACGGCAGCAGCGGACAGUCACAGCGGGGCACAUGGCGCUGUCAGGCCAAGGGGAUAAUAACCACAAGGAGGAAAUGCCCUAUCGCCGCCAUCACGUCGUGCCAGGCUCUCCAGCCCAGCCUUCUGCAGCAGAGACCCAUGAUGAGCGGUCAAGGCUGCAUGACGUUAUGAAGAAGGUGUGGAAUCAAGUACACCAAUGCCUGGUUCUAGCUGUGGCAGUUCCGUUUGCUAUGUGGAAACACUUCAAAGCCCUGAUUUCCGUGUGGUGUAGUAUCUCAUGCCAAGGACAAUCUAGAAAUAAAAGAAACCUGAGCGUGAAUGCGGAAGUCAGUGUGUUGUCUUAUUGUUCAACAAAGUGGAAAGGGGAAGCCCUUUGUGUCAUGGAAAUAAGGAAGGCAUAUGAAGAUAUUUUCUGGAAACAUCAUAUCAAAACUCUACAGCAUGUAAAAGAAGACAAUUACUGCGUUCUCAGAGCUGUUCUGUUCCAAGUUUUUAGCCAAGGAAUUCCUUUCCCUGGAUGGAUGAAAGAGAAAGACAUCCUAAAGCUCCCUGAAAUGCUUCUGUAUGCUCAAGGAUGUAAUUGGAUACAGCAAUUCAGCUUCGGACCUGAGAAGUAUUCUGGUCCAAAAGUCUAUGCGAAAUUACGCAGCUGUGUAGAAUUGUUCAAGAAACAGUGGGCAGCGUUUUACAGUUGUAAGGACCGGGGAGAAAGAAACCGGAUGUGCAAGCUGGUGUUUUCUGAUGACGCCAAGGAGAAUAAACUGUAUGAAGCUUUGAAAUUCAUCAUGUUGUACUUGGUAAUAGAAGCAUAUGAGAAUAGGAACACUGACCAACAUUUUACACGCUUCUUCCACUUUCUGUUUUCACGAGACACAUCAGCAGAUCCUCUGAGCUACAUGAUGAACCAUUUGAAUUCAGUGGGCGAUACUGUGGGUGUGGAGCAGGUUGAAAUGUGCUUGGUGGGCUAUGCUCUUGAACUUAGGAUAAAAGUGUUCCAGUUGAGUAAAAUGAAUACUGAAGACUUUGAAAGGAUUUAUCCUGAGGAUUACAAACGAGACUGGCAUGAAAUUAUCUUAAUGACUGAUGACAAUCGACACUAUAACAUACCAAUCAUAUCCAAAUAAUUCAUUUAUCACAGAGGGCUAGAUGCAUCAUCGCUUUGAGAGUGAUAAAAUGGAGAAAGAAAAAGUGCCAACCAAUCAGGGCCUAACUGCCAUGUCACAGGCUGUGUUUGAAAAAUGACAGUUAGGAGGUGAUUGGCUGGCACUUUUUCACUGUCCAUUUUAUCAAUUUCCAAGCAAUGAUGCAUCUGGCCCAAAGUCUCCAAAGAUUCAUUUUUUAUUUAAUUUUAUUUAUGUUAUAGACUAUUGGGAAAAGGUUAACUUAUUUUAGUUGACUUGCCUUAGAAUGUCCAUAAUGCAGAAUUUACUCAAAAAGUGCACUAUGAUUUGUUGGAAUGCCAAAUCAAAGAUGGGUCAUAAAAAAAUUGCAAAUCACAGGACUCUGUAUCUGGACAGGCAUAUUUGCAGUACAUAAAGUAAUGCAUGUAAAUAGAGCAUACAAUGUAAAUAAUAUUUUAAGACUUUAGUGGAGUAGGCUUGUGUCAGAGGAUUUAUACUAUUAAGUGUUAAAAAAAAAAACUUGGAAAAUAAUUUAAUAGCCCUAAACUAGAGCAUUUGUUUGGUGGAACUGUACUAAUGAAAACAUUAUACAGGUUGAGUAUCCCUAUCCAAAAUUCAAAAUCCCACAUUUUUGGGUCCCCUACUGAGAUAAUGACACACAAAUAUAUGAUAGAUAUAUAUAUAUAUAUAUAUAUAUAUAUAUAUAUAUAUAUACACACACAGUGGUGGCCAAAAUUGUGGACACUUUUUGAAAUUUUAAUGUUUUUCAACUUCAAAUGCUUCUAAAAACUGUUACACUACAUGCAGUGCAAUGAUUCAUAUCAAAUGUAAGGGAAUGCAAUGCUGAAUUCAACACAAUUAACAAAGGUCAAAUAUUUGCAUUACAGGGGAAGUUAUGCAGUGAAAACAACACUUAGGGUGAAAAUCCCUAUGUACUUAUGAUGUCACUGUCCUACCAGUAUUUCAAGACAGCAGCACAGCGAUGUGGCAUUAAGCCAACCAAUGUUUGGAGCUGUUCCUUCUUUAUUAUGUGGUGCCAUGAGACAAUUAUAGCCUCAAUUAAUUCUCUUUUAUUGGACAGAUGCCUCAGAUGUACCAGUUUUUUCAAACGGAACCACAAAUGUUCUAUGGGGUUCAGGUCUGAGCGGUUUCCUGGCCAUCCCAGCACCUGUAGGUCAUUCUCCGUGAACCACUGUUUGCACAUCCAUGCAGUGUGACACGGAGCUGAAUCCUGCUGGGGAAAAAAUGGGGCAUUAUCUGGAAAAAGAUCCCUGAUAGAAGGUAGAAGUUUUCAUUGUUGGAUGGAUUCAAUGUACUUUCUGCUGUUCAGUGUGCCAUCUAUGACAUAAAGCAGCCUACAGCAUCUGCUGUCAUAAAUGCCCAGAUCAUAUCACUUGUAGGAUAUUUAGUUGUCGUUUGAAUGCAAUCUGGAUGUACCUCUUCCCCCAUGCGACGUCUCACAUAUUUUCUCCCAUCACUACCAAAUAGCGAUAUCUUAGUUUCGUCACUCCAUAUCACUUGUUUCCACUGACCUUCUGUCCAUGCAAUGUGUUCUUUUGCCCACUGUAUUCGUUUCUGCCGCUGCUUUCUAUUCAGGAAUUGCCUUUUUCGGGGAAUACUACCUCCGUUAGUCUUCUCCGACCCAUUCUGGUACUGACAAAAACACCAGUUGCACUCAGUUCACUGCUAAUGGCCGCAGAUGACAUCAAUCUGUUCCUGACGCAAAUUAGUUUUAUUCCAUCAUCAACAGCUGUUGUGCACUUUUUCCGGGCUUUUCCUUCUUUGUUUUGUAUAGAUUGUGUUUUCUGAUAGCGUAUACAAAACUUUCGUACUCCUGAUGUUGUCACAUUCCCACCAACUUCUCUCGCAAUUGCUGCAUACAAAAGACCAUUUUCACGUGACACCACAAUCCUGGAUCUCUUCCUGGGUGACCAGUCACCACUUUGCAUGAACAACAUUGUUGUAUUUAUUUUUUACACUGUCAAUAGCACUAAACAAUACACACAAACAUCCAACCAUAAUUGCACUUCAGUAACCAACUUUAUUCUGCGAAAUGAAACAGCCAAACUGACCUUUCCCGCCUUUGAACAUGACCUUGCACCUGCUCAUAAACGUAUAUACAAAAGGGGCAGAAGAAACUCUCUUUUUCUGGGGGCACUCUUACAGUUAUAAAAUGUAACUUUUAUUACUGUACUUUAAAAACAAUGGGGGUAAUUCCAAGUUGAUCGCAGCAGGAAAUUUUUUAGCAGUUAGCCAAAACCAUGUGCAGUGCAGGGGGGGGCAGAUUUAACAUGUGCAGAGAGAGUUAGAUUUGGGUGUGGUGUGUUCAAUCUGCAAUCUAAAUUGCAGUGUAAAAAUAAAGCAGCCAGUAUUUACCCUGCACAGAAACAAAAUAACCCACCCAAAUAUAACUCUCUCUGCAAAUGUUAUAUCUGCCCCCCCUGCAGUGCACAUGGUUUUGCCCAAUUGCUAACAAAAUUCCUGCUGCGAUCAACUUGGAAUUACCCCCUAUGAGUAUUGUGAAACUGUUGCUGUAGUGUUGCAUAUUCAGAUGCACAAUUGCUCACUUUUGAGGCCAUACUCUGACAGAUUUCGCACAUCAUGGGGCUGGUGCAAGUUUGGAUGUUGCGAAUGAUGGUCUAAAGAUGGACCAAGCAGUAUUUCAUGGAAAUGUACAGUCUUAUGGGGGUAAUUCUGAGUUGAUCGCAGCAGCUAGUUUGUUAGCAGUUGGGCAAAACCAUGUGCACU